UUCUCUCUGUUUCCCUGGUGCUGCCGACUUGAAGAUUUCAAAACCCUAGCCGUAAUCCCCGGGAUCCAACGUCGUUCGACUCGCAGUAUGGCGGAUACUAGAGACAAUGAAGCCUACGAGGAGGAGCUUCUGGACUAUGAGGAAGAAGACGACAAGGUCCCCGAUUCUGCCGGAAACAAAGUUAAUGGCGAGAACGGAAAAAAAGGUUACGUGGGAAUACACAGUUCUGGAUUCAGAGACUUCCUUUUGAAACCGGAGCUUCUCCGAGCUAUUGUUGACUCAGGAUUUGAACAUCCUUCUGAAGUGCAACAUGAAUGCAUUCCCCAAGCUAUCCUAGGCAUGGAUGUUAUUUGCCAAGCAAAAUCUGGUAUGGGAAAGACUGCCGUGUUUGUGCUGUCUACUCUGCAGCAGAUUGAACCUACUCCUGGUCAGGUUGCUGCACUUGUUCUCUGUCAUACAAGGGAGUUAGCUUACCAGAUCUGCCAUGAGUUUGAGCGUUUCAGUACUUAUUUGCCCGACAUCAAGGUUGCGGUGUUCUAUGGUGGAGUCAACGUUAAAAUUCACAAGGACUUGCUGAAGAAUGAAUGUCCUCACAUUGUUGUUGGGACACCUGGUCGAGUGCUUGCUCUUGCCAGGGACAAGGAUCUUUCCUUGAAGAAUGUGAGGCAUUUUAUCCUUGAUGAAUGCGACAAAAUGCUCGAAUCACUUGACAUGCGGAGAGAUGUGCAAGAGAUUUUCAAGAUGACGCCACAUGAUAAGCAAGUAAUGAUGUUCUCGGCAACACUCAGCAAAGAGAUACGCCCGGUCUGCAAGAAAUUUAUGCAAGAUCCAAUGGAAAUAUAUGUUGAUGAUGAAGCCAAGUUGACUCUACAUGGGCUUGUACAGCACUACAUCAAACUGAGCGAGAUGGAGAAAAACCGCAAGUUGAAUGACCUUCUUGAUGCUUUGGACUUCAAUCAAGUUGUCAUCUUUGUGAAAAGUGUCAGUAGAGCAGGGGAGCUAAACAAGUUACUGGUUGAAUGCAAUUUCCCUUCUAUAUGCAUUCACUCUGGCAUGUCUCAGGAAGAGAGGUUAACUCGUUACAAGGGCUUCAAAGAAGGGCACAAGAGAAUUCUUGUGGCAACAGACUUGGUGGGGAGAGGAAUCGACAUUGAGCGUGUGAACAUCGUCGUCAAUUAUGACAUGCCAGAUUCUGCAGAUACUUAUCUCCAUAGGGUUGGCAGAGCUGGUAGGUUCGGCACGAAGGGUCUUGCCAUCACAUUUGUCUCUUCUGCUGCAGAUUCUGACGUUCUUAACCAGGUGCAAGAGCGGUUUGAGGUUGAUAUAAAGGAACUUCCUGAGCAGAUCGAUACAUCCACCUACAUGCCUUCAUGAAAUCCCUCGUCGUAGGAGCCGCCGGAGGAUCAGCAUCUGAGGGUUGUAGGUUUGGCACUAUGCGUUUGCCUUUGUGCUUUUUCUUUUACCCAUUUCGUAACCCUCUUGCAAUGAAUUUGUACUUUGUAGCAUAUAUUACUUAAAAUUCUCGGCUCUGCUUUGUUUUACUUGUAACCCUCUGUGACUUUGUCAGCCCAUAAAAUAUUGGAUGAUUGGAUUUAGGGUUUAGGAAUGAAUCUUGAGAAAGCGGGCUUCUUGUUUU